UCUCUCUCUCUCUCUCUCAACAUUGUUGUUCAUAAAACAACAUUUUUCAACCUUUAUCCAAUGACCUCAUCUGUUUCCAACUAACUCUCUUAUUUAUCAUCUUUCUCAUGACCCUCAAUCUUGCCACAAACAAAGAUUUUUACUUGCUCUAAUCUUGUGAAGAAAGGUGCCCAUGAAGAGCUAAAAGCAUCUUUUUUUCUUUUGACACUUUGAUACAUGGCCCAUGAAGAAUUGUGCAGUGACCAUUCAGCUCACAUACUGAGUGUGCUACGACGAAAAAUCCGGCUUCUCUGCUCGAGAAUACGGCAGCUGAGUAGGAAGCGGCCGCGGCUAAAGAUCGUUGUCAAGAGAUUGAGAAGGUUUGGCUUGAGAGUCCGUUCCGGUGAAUUGCUAGGCGCCAAGAACAGUUCGAACAACGGCCAAUUCAGUUUCUCUUUCCCAGAGAGGCCGAUCCGAGUCGCAACAUUCAACGUGGCGAUGUUCUCUCUCGCGCCCGCCGUCCCAAAUCGCGAUGGAUCCUCCGUGUUCGAUCAAGAAGAAGAGGAGGAAGAUUACUUUGUGUUCGGUAAUAAUCAGAAGAAGCCAGGAGGACUUAAUUCUCAGCCGAGGAGCAUAUUGAAGCAAUCUCCUCUGCACCCAUCGGUGAACGGUAGGCCUGCCAGGUCGAACCUAAAGGUCUCAAUAAAUCUGCCCGAGAACGAGAUCUCCAUAGCCAAUAGCAAGCUGCUUGGCUUCUUGAAUGAAGCCAAUAGCUCGCCGAUUAUGAUCACCAACAGCACGAACACUCGAAGCAAAGUCCCAGUAAGAUCACCGAUAUGUUUCCCUUACAGCUUGGGCCUGGGGAAUUCCAGGAGCGAUCAGGAAGAGAAUCUGAGGAGUGGCAAGAGCAUAUUGGAAGUUCUCAAGGAGGUGAAUGCUGACAUUUUGGCAUUGCAAGAUGUGAAGGCUCAGGAAGAGAAGGGAAUGAGGCCGCUUUCUGACCUGGCGAGUGCUCUAGGGAUGGACUACGUGUUUGCCGAGAGCUGGGCUCCCGAGUACGGUAAUGCAGUCCUGUCAAGGUGGCCGAUCAAGCGGUGGCGGGUUCAGAAGAUUGCCGAUGACGACGAUUUCAGGAAUGUGUUGAAGGCCACCAUAGAUGUGCCAUGGGCAGGAGAGCUCAGCUUCAACUGCACACAGCUGGACCACCUGGAUGAGUUCUGGAGGAUGAGGCAAAUUAGGGCAAUUGUUCAAUCACAUGACCCUCCUCACAUCCUUGCAGGUGGCCUCAACUCACUGGAUGAGUCAGAUUACUCCAUUUCUAGAUGGAUGGACAUUGUCAAGUAUUACGAGGACAUAGGGAAGCCCACACCAAAGGUUGAAGUAACCAAGUUCUUGAAGGGGAAAGAUUACACUGAUGCAAAGAACUCUGCCGGGGAUUGUGAGCCUGUGGUCAUUAUUGCAAAAGGCCAAAAUGUGCAGGGCACGUGCAAGUAUGGCACGCGUGUGGACUACAUCUGGGCAUCUCCAGAGGCACCGUUCAAGUUUGUGCCCAAUUCAUACUCAGUGAUCUCAUCUAAGGGCACUUCAGACCACCACAUAGUCAAGGUUGACGUAGUUAAAGCAGGUUGUAAGUCUAGGAAAGACCCUCUCAGACAACAGAAGAAGGCUUUGAAGGUGAGAUGCCCUUGUAAUUGUAGAAGCGUAUGGCAAGUCAAAGCCUAAUUAUAGGGUGAUUUGUAUUUUUGUUUUUUUUUUCUUAUGCUCUAUGGUCUCUCCUUCAUGUUGGAGGAAGAGUUAUAUGUCCCUUAUUAUGAGGGUCUGAAGUGUUCUAACUACUCAAAGUACCCGGUUAA